AUGCUCGGGUACAAGCCCGAGUUGCGCGACGCGACGCAAACCGUCGGAGCCACGCGCGAUGCGGACGAAUACAAGGCGAACUGGAAGUAUGCCAGCGUCGAGCCACUGGAAAACGUCGAUUGGGUCGAACGCGGCGCCGUGACGGCGCCGAAGAACCAAGGACAGUGCGGCUCGUGCUGGGCGUUUUCGACGACGGGCGCGAUCGAGGGCAUCAAUCAAAUUCGUACUGGCAGGCUCGUGUCGCUCUCUGAACAAGAGCUCGUGUCGUGUUCGACCCAGAACAUGGCGUGCAACGGUGGACUCAUGGAUAACGCGUUCAAAUGGGUGCAAAAGAACGGCGGAAUUGACUCUGAAUUUCAGUACCCUUACGCCGCGGAGAAGCUCUCGUGCAACAAAUUCAAGCUUCAACUCCACGUCGCCACCAUCGACGGGUUCGAGGACGUACCUCCGGGAGAUGAGAAAGAGCUCGAGAAAGCUGUGUCGCAACAACCUGUUAGCAUCGCCAUCGAGGCCGACACAAAAGCGUUUAUGCUCUACCAAGGCGGCGUUUUCGAUUCCAAAGAGUGCGGUUCUCAAGUCGAUCACGGCGUUCUCGUCGUCGUCAAGAACUCGUGGGGCAAUCAGUGGGGCGAAGGUGGUUUCAUUCGCAUGGCUCGACGAAUCAGCGCUGAAACGGGUCAGUGCGGAAUCACGACGGCACCAUCCUUCCCGACGAAGAGCGCGUGA